AUGCAGUUGCUCAAGCUGUCAGUCGCCUUGGCGGCCGCGGCCUCAUACGGCGUCAGUGCCCAGGAUGCAUUGGACGCGAACAACGCGAACCCCGUGGCCAAGAGCUUCAUUAUUGAGUACACGUCGGGUUCUGCGAAACGUCGGGAUGGCCUCUUCACCCGCGAUGACCUCAAGGUCGUCAAGAGCUUCGACAGCGCCAUCUUCUCUGGCGCUACAGUCGAGACAGAGACACUCAAUGUGGACAGUCUUGCCAGGCUGCCCAACGUGGCGCGCGUCUGGCCCAACAUACCAGUGCAGCUCGAUCCCAUUACCGCAGAACUCCAUGCCGACGCCUCGGACUCGGGCGACUACAGCACGCAUGUUACCACGGGCGUAUCAAAGCUCCACGAAAUGGGAUAUUUUGGCGAGGGCGUCAAGGUUGGUGUUGUAGACACCGGUGUCUACUAUGACCACCACGAUCUCGGCGGUUGCUUUGGCGAUGGCUGCAAGGUCGCAGGCGGAUAUGACUUUAUUGGUGAAGUUGACUGGCCCGUUGUGCCCAAGAGCCCCGAUAACGACCCCACGGACGUGCAGGGUCACGGAACUCAUGUUGCCGGUAUCGUAGCUGGCAACAAUGGAGAGGGCUGGGUGGGUGUCGCACCCAAUGCCAGCAUCUACGCUUACAAGGUCUUUGGUAAUCUGGGAAGUACCGAUUCGGCGACGCUGAUCGAGUCUUUCUUGAAGGCAUAUGAGGAUGAUAUGGACAUUAUCACCGCCAGCAUCGGUGGCCCUAGCGGAUGGUCCAAUAAUCCCUGGGCCGAAGUCGCGUCGCGCAUCGCCCGCGAAGGUGUCGUUGUCACCAUCAGUGCCGGCAACUCCGGGUCUGCCGGCCCCUUCUUCGGGAGCUCAGGAGCCGCCGGCACGGACGUAGUCGCUGUCGCCUCCAUCGCGGCCGAGAAGCUGCCCUCGACACCCUUUGAGGCUACCUUUGACAUAGACGGCUCCCAGAACACCACGACCUUUGGCUAUCUGCCGGCCACCAACUACUUCCCCGCCGCGGUCCAGGAAUGGCCCGUUGUCGUGCUCAACCCUGACACGAGCGACCCAGCCGAUGGCUGCCAGCCCUACCCCGAAGACACUCCUCGCAUCGAGGAGGCCAUCCCUCUAGUCCGCCGCGGCAGCUGCACCUUUGCGCAGAAACAGGCCAACCUCGAGGCCCUGGGUGCCAAGUACAUCCUCAUCUACAACAACGAGUCCCCCAUCACGACCCCUUCCACGGACAGCACGUCGUCGCUGAUUGGCAUGAUCACCGCCGACACGGGCGAGCUGCUCAUCAGGGCUGUCGAGGACGGCGGCAAGGUCACGCUGGACUUCUCGGUCAACCCCGAACAGCCCUACGGCCUGGAGUACCCAUCUGGCGGGCGCCCCAGCGACUUUACCUCAUGGGCUGGCCUCUACGACCUGCAGCUCAAGCCUGAUGUGGGCGCCCCUGGAGGCAACAUCUUCAGCACCUACCCCGGCGGUGGCUACGCGGUCCUGUCGGGCACAUCCAUGGCCUGCCCCUAUGUUGCCGGCGUCGCCGCUCUGUACAUCGGCGUCCACGGCGGCCGCAAGGAGCAUGGCAAGGGCUUCGCCAAGAUGCUUCAGAACCGCAUCAUCUCCAGUGGCGUCGCGGUGCCCUGGUACAACAUUGCGGUGCCGGAGGACGCCUUGAUCGCUCCAGUGGCCCAGGUUGGCACGGGUCUGAUCGACGCCUUCAAGGUCGUGACGUAUAGCUCGAGUGUCGACUUUGCGCCCAUCGCCCUCAACGACACCCACUACUUCAGCCGCUACCACGACGUCACCCUCCAGAACGACGCCGAGGACUCUGUGAGCUACAAGUUCUCGACGCAGCCCGGCGCCGGUGUCGAGGCAGCUGGCUGGUUCCCCCUGGCCACGGGCGGCGGGGAGUACAGGGUCCGGACCCUGGCCGAGCUCCAGCCGACCGAGUUUGAGCCCAAGGUCAGUCUGCCGCGCGACUUCACUCUGAAGCCCGGGGAGAAGAAGACAGUCAGCGUCAACUUUGACAACCCGGACAAGCUCGGCUGGAACGCCACGGCAUUGCCUCUGUACAGCGGCAAGAUCCUCGUGGCGAGCAGCAAGGGUGAGCAGCUGUCCGUGCCGUACUAUGGCCUGGGCGCCAACCUCAAGACCGAGAUGAAGGCGCUCUACCGCACCGGAUACCCUCGCUCGACCUCGACCACGAAGAACACGCCGAUCGAGACCAAAUCUUCCUACAGCUUCGACCUCAGCGUCGACGCGCAGGACUUUCCCAAGAUUGUGUCCAAGAAUGUCUGGGGCACACGGGAGGUCCGAUGGGACAACGUGAAGAUCUUCGAGGCGGGCUGGCGCGAGCGCAACUGGAAGUACCCCCCCGUCGAGGGCGAGAACGGCUACAUUGGCUCGGUCGCGUCGUGGGUCGGCUCGGGACAGGUCGACGUCUUCGACCCCAGCAUCCACGACGCCGACGAGACGUUUACGUACCCGCGCACGGAUCUCAUCCGCAACGCGCAGACGACGUCUGUGCAGCACGACUUUUGGUGGUUCGGCAAGCUGGGCAACGGCAGCCAGAUUGAGCCCGGCAAGUACACCAUGCGUUUCGCGACACUCAAGCCGUUUGGGGACCCGUAUGCGGCGAACAACUGGGCGGUAUACCAGACGCCUCAGAUUGAGGUCACGGGCAAAUACAAUGUGUAA